AUGGCCCAAGGUCCACUUUAUGGCGCCAAAGAGGUCACCGUGCUUUUGGCGUCCCUGGCCAGGCGAGCCUUGUGGCGUUCAGCCGUGACUCUGCUGUUCACAGCAGAAGAGGUGCUGGACUUGCCCUGUUUGGGUGCAGCCUUGCAAGCUUGUGAGAAGAGUGGGCAAUGGCAGAUGGCUUUGAUGCUCUUGGAGGACUUCAGCUCUCGCCGUCUCCUACCAGAUGGGGGCGCUUUGGCCUCCGCCCUGCUGGCGACUGGCCGGGCAGGGGCUUGGCAGCAGGGCUGCUGGAUCUUGAAGAUGGUGAGGUCUGGCAAGUGGAAUACGAAGGCCUUGCCAAAGGCAGAGUGGUCUCGUGUGGCAACGGCUGCUGUGAGUGUUUGUGGUCAGCAGCGUCAAUGGAGGAUGGCCACGCAGGUCUUGGAGGUGCUUCAGCAAGAUGGGCUGCAGCUCACUGUGGUGCCCUUCAACGCAUGGAUGCGCUGGACCAGGCCAAGCAGCGCGCAUGACGAGCUUUGCAACCAGGCGUUUGGUGCGCGGGCCAGGGGGGCAUUCUCAGCUUGGGAAGCUCAUAUGAAGGUAGCGGAGGAGCUAAGCGUUCCAGGCAGCUGCGUUCCAGAUCAAAUCACCUUGAAUUCCGUGGUUCAAAGCUGCGCCGAAAUCGCUUGCUGGGAAGCCUCCCUGGCGCUGGUGAAGGCUGCCCCAUCCUGGUUGGAUGUGAAACCGGAUGCAGUCAGCCUGGCAGCUUAG